AUGAGAAAGUUGAAAGGGAAAGAGGCAGAACUGCGAAUACCGGGGGACCUGAGGGGCCGCUUCUCCGCACCCGCCCUGGACCCUCCGGCACUGCAGAGCUCCCCGAGUCAGGGGCCCCGGACCCCAGGGCUGAGGAGGACUCAAGCAGGACUUUCCAAAAGUUGCCGCGGGGCUUUCCGAUCCCCUCGGCCAUCUCCCAAGUCUGGCCAGGCUGAUGGGGCCAGCGAGGAUUCUCUGCACCUUGACGUUCAGAAGCUGAAGGAGAAGAAGGACAUGCUGGACAAGGAAAUCUCCCAAUUAAUAUCUGAAGGCUACAGUGUCGAUGAACUGGAGGACCACAUCUCCCAGCUCCAUGAGUAUAAUGACAUCAAGGAUGUAGGCCAGAUGCUGCUAGGCAAACUAGCUGUGAUCCGAGGUGUCACCACCAAAGAGUUGUAUCCAGAAUUUGACCUGGACAUGAAUGACUGAGCUCACAGCCCCUUGUCCACGGCCCACUGGGAGAGGCCGAUGUGGACAUGAGAAGCAGUGAAAGCCCAACCAGAGCACCUACAGGCUUUCCAGUGAGAAAGUGUCAGAAGCCCUUUUCUAGAGAGCCCAAGCCGAGUCAGGAAGGGGUGUUCCCAGCCCUGAGGUUCCUGAAAUGUUCCAGUGAUACCUGUGUAUGUGUAUAUGUAUCCUGUUUGUAAAUAAACAUAUGAGCGAUUUUGGUGCGAA